UGGCUUCCAGUGCCAUCUUAAAUUCAGAUUUCCAUGGAAACGAUUUUAGCAACUCUUCGCCAAACGCUAAUUUGAUGCAUGAUUUCCUCCAAAAGUUUUGGUAAAACAUCUUCGCGAUUAGCCUGCGUUUACAUUUCUAAACCAGCCUCCUAACAAGCGGCCACCAUCUAGUAUAGAUGGAAUGAGAGAUUCUGAGGAGAGAGAUUACAGCGCCGCAGAACACGAAAAAACUAUGGAAGGUGAAGCCGCUGUCGAGGAAGACGAGGGUUUUCAUACAGUCACUGCUGAUGAAGACGAAAGCAGUGUGGCAGAGAAAGCUACGAAACAAGACAAGCCGCAAACGAAUAUGAAAGCCAAACAAGGUUCUAAGCCUGCAAGCUCCAAAGCAUCAACCCAUAUGGAUAAAAAGACACAACAGAUGUUAGCAGAGUUUUACAGGCUAAAGAAUCAGAUGAGAGAAUUUCAACAAUCCAUACAACGACCUCCUGUGAGACCAUUUACUCCUGAUAUUUUUAACAGUCUAUCACCCUACUACAAUCGCUACAUGGUCAACACUACAAUUCAAGAUCUUCAGCAGGAAGUAUUACCCUACAGAGGUUAUGGCAACAGACCAACAGCACUUGGAGUUGUAGAGCCAGAAAUCUCUUGGAAACUGGAUAACUUUCCUAAUCCAGUUCCACAGUCAAGACUUCCUGGAAGACUUUUUCACCCAACUAAGUGGAGCAGGAACUUGUCCCAACCAAACAAGGAAGGCAGCACCAGACUUCCUCCUUUACCAAUGCCAAAUUUUCCGAAAUUCAACCAAUCAAAUUAUCAGCCACACAAAAUGACCUUUGAUCACUUAGCUGACUUCAGGAGCGAGCUAAGCAGCACCUCCGAGGCACUGGCAGAGAGGCAAGCAGAAGCUGAUUAUGAAAGAACAAUUCAGGACUGGAAUCGUAUGAAUCUGUCUGAACUGAAGAAACUUCCUCCCAGCCCCAGAUAUCACAUCAAAAAAGCCAUAGAGUCCUAUCUCGGGACUUCCCGAGGGUCGAGCCGUGCACUGAAACCGCUGACCAAAGAAUUGGAUGCAGCCUCUUGAGAAACUUGCAGCAGUGAGAGUUUUUUGGAGCCUUUAAUGAUUAAAUCAUUAGGAGUGUUUAUAAAUAAAUUAUUCUAACAGCACUACAGGAAAAAGCCCGUUUUGGAUCGCAAUAUUUUCCAUACUUUUAGUUAUUGGCGUGAACUCAAUAUCCGCCAUGCACGUCAGUUGUUUUCUAUGAAGACAUUGAGUAGUGAAAACGUCUAAACCCUUCCGAGGGCCGGCGAAUACAGUCGAAGUUAACAGUCACACUUCGGAUCAUUUACGAGUACUGACGAAGUCGAGACUGGUUUCUGCAAUUUUAGGAAAACAAUAUUUCAAACAAUUGUAGAUACAAUUCAAUGCAGAGAAAAUUGUUUGCAAUAUUAAUACACGCUUCGCUAUAAUUUUCUUCACCUUUGUGCGUAACAUUUACGAAUUUUAGAAAUUAGAGAGCUAUAAAUUUAUCAUGUAUCAACUAAGGUAUGGAAAAAUGAAAUCAAUUUUGGUUUUGGACGCACAGAGCUUUGCGAGUGAUAUUUGUAAUAAAGAGUUUAAAGUUAAA